AUGGAUGGUGAAGAUGAGAUCCGCGGCAAUUCGGUCUAUCAGACUGAACAGCCUUCCUCCACCCCGUCGCCUGUGCAGGAGAAGCCCAUCGCUGCGCAAAUAGAGAAGAAGCCCGGUUUGAUGGCCAAGCUUGGACGAAUGAUCAAUGGAGAUGUCAGGGAAGGAAUGCCCGCUUACAAGGAUAUCGAAAUCCAUACCUGGGACGGCCCAGACGAUCCCGAGAACCCUUUCAACUGGAGUACCAAGUACAAAUGGCUGCUGACCAUCACUGUCUGCUUCAUUUCUAUCUUGACCGGUCUCCCCGCAGGAACUUACGGCUCCGGUAACGACUGGAUGGAGCAGGAAUUCCACGUACAGAAUUCGCCUUUCCCCAACCUCUACUGGGCCACCACUUCGUGGAACAUGGGUGCCGCCUUUUGGCCACUGAUCUUCGUCCCUCUCACCGAAUCCUCGGGCCGCAUGCCAGGCUACUUUGUGGCCUAUAUCAUUCUCGUGAUCUCGCUGUUCCCAUCCGCAUUCGCAAAGAACUUCGCGACACUAGUUGUAACCCGUUUCUUUGGUGGCGGUGCCUCAUCCGUUUCAAUCAACAUUGUCGGCGGCAGUAUCUCAGACGUCUGGCUAGGCAACCACGCCCGCAGUUUGCCCAUGUCCAUCUUCGGAUUCACCAGUGUCGUGGGAAUUGCGCUUGGACCUUUCAUCGGAUCCGCUAUCGUUCAGAUCCCGCGCUCUGAGCCCUGGCGCUGGAUCUUCUACGUGCAAAUCAUCUACAACGCCGCUCUGAUCCCAGUCUUCUGGUUCAUCCUCCACGAAACCAGACCCGAUGUCAUCCUCAAGACCCGUGCGCGCAGGAUUCGAAAAGAAACAGGACGCCCUGUCUACGCAGCCGCUGAACUCGACGCCCCGAGCAAACUCCGUCUGCUGCAGAUUUCUUUCGCCCGCCCCACAAGCAUGCUGAUGACUGAGCCCGUCGUCAUCUUCUUCACUCUGUGGAUCAGCUUCGCCUGGGGAAUCCUGUACCUGUUCUUCUCCAGCGUUGUCCAAACCUACUCUACCAACUACGGGUGGGGCUCUCUGUCCACCGGUCUCGUGCAGCUCGCUAUCUCCGUUGGUGCGAUCAUUGGAACAAUCAUCAACCCGCUGCAAGAUUGGUUCUAUUUCCGGUCUGCGCGCAAAAACACAGAAACACCAGGCAAGGCCAUCCCAGAAGCACGUCUGUACACUGCCAUCCCAGGUAGUUUACUCUUCGCGGCUGGUCUGUUCUGGUACGGCUGGGCCAGCCAGCCUAGCGUGCACUGGAUCGUUCCUACAAUCGGUAUCACGGCUGCUGGUAUUGGCAUCUACUCUAUCUAUAUGGCUGUUGUGAACUACCUGACCGAUGCAUAUGAGCGAUAUGCGGCUUCUGCACUGUCAGCUGCCUCGCUUGGCCGAAAUUCUUUCGGUGCGUUCUUGCCGCUUGCUUCACCCCAGCUGUUCAGCAACCUUGGCUUUGGAUGGGCUGGUUCUUUGCUUGGGUUCAUUGGUGUUGCAUUGUCGGUUGUGCCGGUUGUGUUGGUGCUCAAGGGUCCCCAAAUUCGGGCCCGCAGUACCUUCAUGAGGGAGGCUAUGUGGGAGCCUGAGGAGAAGGUUGAAAUUGAUCAGUCUGGAAAGGCCGAUCUCGGACCUACCUCUGAGGGUAUCGCCUAG